AUGGCAAGGGCUGAGAGCCGUGAGGCGACGGCGGGAGCUGAGGCCUGCGAGGCAAUGGUGGGAGCUGAGGGCCGCGAGGCGACGGCGGGAGCUGCUCGUGGGGAGCCGCCGCCACCCCCAGCUCACACCAGCACCGGCCGCAUCCUCAGCAUGACCCGCAUGUCGGCCGGGCCUGCCCGCCCACGCUUGCUCACUCAGGGACGUGCCUCAUUAACGGCUGAGAAAGAACAUUUUGCCCAGGAACAUGCUGAAAUGAAAAAUCUAGAAGAUAUUGUUAGAGAUAUAAAGCCAUCCGUACUAAUAGGAGUUGCUGCAGUUGGUGGUGCUUUUACCAAACAAAUUCUUGAGGAUAUGGCUGCUUUCAACGAACGCCCCAUUAUUUUUGCUCUCAGCAAUCCUACGAGCAAGGCGGAGUGCACUGCCGAGCAGUGCUACAAGUAUACGGAGGGACGUGGCGUUUUUGCCAGUGGAAGUCCUUUCGAUCCCGUCACUCUUCCAAGUGGACGAACUCUCUAUCCUGGACAGGGCAACAAUUCCUACGUGUUCCCAGGAGUUGCCCUUGGCGUCGUUGCGUGUGGACUGAGACAUAUCGACGAGGAGGUGUUCCUCACAACUGCUGAGGUAAUCGCUCGGCAGGUUUCAGAGGAGAACUUAAGGGAGGGCCGCCUGUACCCGCCCUUAGUCACCAUUCGGGAGGUGUCGCUGAGAAUCGCUGUGAAGAUCGCAGAAGAAGCCUAUAGGAAGGGCACUGCCUCCUUGUACCCCCAGCCCAGGGACCUGACGGCCUUCAUCCGCUCCCAGGUUUACUGCACCGACUACAACAGCUUCACGGCCGACUCCUACACCUGGCCCGAAGAAGCCAUGUGCAAACUGUAA